AUGUCAAAAAUAAAGCAAGAUACAAAGGAUACCUACAAUGGUAUUCAACUACACUCUGUGCUACAGUAUCCCUAUACUGUACCCAUCGACUGUACUCCGCUACAGUAUCGUGCAACUGUAUCUACAGUGUCGGCUACAGUACUUCUUGUAUCUACUGUAUCGAUUGAACCUGCGUACCAUGUUCUCCUUGGUCUCGAGCGGUGUCUCCGCUAUCCUCCAUAUUGCUUCAUGGAUUUUCCUCUGGAAACGUCGCGGCUUGAAGUCCCAUCACCUUAUCACUCUUCAACUAACCCUCUUAAAAAACAAAAAAAUCUACUCCUAGCCGUGGGUCUCGCCACGCUUCAACCGGUGAGUAUACUGUACUAUGGGGGUACUGUAGUGCGCUCUGUUUUAGUCCACUUCACCAACUCCACCAUCUCCCUCUCCACCGAUGCCACUGCUAUCCCCUUCCCCCAAUCGCACUCGAUUAUUGAGAUAUCUCUAAUCGGUGCCAGAUCCAUCGCUAUCAUCAUGAAAACUUCGGAGCAUGUUAAUGUGAUAGCGGAGUACAAGCACUUGAAUAGUUGGUACAUUCGAUCGCUCUUUUCGGCAUGCCCAGUGUUUGCCGGUGUCCUUUUCGGAGGUGCUAGCGGUUUUUGGAUUCCUGGCUCUGACGACGGGCUCGGGCUCCACGGGCUCGAAGCCGGAGCCAUCACCAUGUCAAAUUCCUGGCCCGCCUGGCUCAUGGUACUCUUGCUCUUCAUGGUUAUAGUCAUCGCUAUCUCAUAUACCAUCUAUAUCUAUCUCACUUUGAAGGAUAUACUCAAAAACUAUUCAAGAGUUUCCAAACUCCGAACCUCUCUUCUCUACUCAAGUCUCUUCGAGCUAUGGUUCACCAUGAGCACUUUCUAUAUCCCCUUUACCAUUUGCCUUCUGCUCACCACACUAUUCAAUGUGUCGAGUGACUGGCUCGGGCUCUAUUUCACAGUGAUCAAUGGGGUGUCUCCGAUUGUGGAGGCCACUGUCAGUUUCGCUAUCAUUUUUGUGUUGAGAGUUUUUGGGGGUGUGAUCGAUCCCGAUGGACAUCCUUCGGUCAUUUCGCAAAGCUGUCGACAACUUCGACAUCGUCUUCAACAAGGAAAACAACGAAAUUAG